AUGGGAUCUCUUCGAAGAUCAUUUAGCAGAAGCAGUACAAGACCCUUUUUGGCCAACUUGGAGCUCUUUCUCUUGCUCCUGUCGCUCCUCAGCCUCUGCGGGGGAGCGGCCGAAGGUGCAGAUCGCAGGAAAACAUUCAAGGUCGGCGUGAUUCUCGAUCUAGACUCGAGCCUCGGCAACCAAAUGCGCAUGGCGAUCGAAAUCGCAUGCCAAGACGCCAACAACAGCUCGUCAGGAAGUUAUUACAUGAAGCCACAUUACGUGAACUCUCGCGCAAACCCGCUUCGAUCAAUUUCGGCAGCUGAAAAGCUGAUAAGGAAGAAGGUGCGAGUUAUUAUUGGCUUAGAGACAUGGCAGGAAGCGACUUUAGUUGCCGAGAUCGCUGAUCAUUCUCAGGUACCAGUGAUAUCCUUUGCGGCAAACCACGUACCGCCAACAUUACCGUGGCAAACUAUGUGGCCCUCACUGUUUAGCAUGAGUACCGACUUAUCCGACCAAAUUAGAUGCAUCGCAGAUAUAGUUGGUUCUUAUAACAGACAAAGAGUCACUAUAAUAUAUGAGGCGGAGGCAUAUGAUACUGUCUACUCUGAGCUGUCGAAUUCUUUAUCGGUAGAGCUCGACAAGAUUGGAUCCAAGAUAGAGGACCGGGUGAUUCUUCGAGCCUUUUCAUCUUCGCCAAGCGGAGGAAAGUCUUUCGAAGAGAGAUUAGUGAAGCUGAAGGGCAAGGCAUCCCCAAUAUUCAUUGUCCUAGGGUUAUCAUCUCGUGCGAGUGGCCAUUUUCUCCAAGAAGCGCGGAAGAUAGGACUCUUCAAUGGAGAUUCAGUAUGGAUAUUUGCUGAAAAACCAUUCAACAAUCUCUUAGCUUCAGUAGAACAUUCAAUAAUCUCAACCACCAUGGAAGGCGCAAUAGGAUUAGUCACCCACCAUCCCGAAAACCGUGCGUCUGGAGAUUUCAAGACCAAAUUCUUGAAUAAGCUCCAUCAAAAGCAUGGAGAAACCUUCAAUUUUGAGCAAAGCAUAGAUGUUAGGCGAGCACAUGAUUGCCUCAUGACCAUAAAAAAGGUCAUAGAUUCGUCGCCAACUGAUGAUAUUACCCCCGAGCUUUUGCUUGACAGACUAUCGCGUGUUCGACUCUUUGGUUUGAGUGGGGUAAUACAAUUUGAGAAAGGUCAGCUGACAGGUCAAUCCAAAUUUCGAAUUGUAAGUGUCAAUGGAAAUGAAACUAGAGAGCUUCAGCUUUGGUCUCCCAACUUCGGCUUUUCGAGGAGCUUUCCAAAGAAACAAAGUCAAAGAACAAGUGCUUUUGCAAAUUCAGACACAUCGAAGACCGAUAGAAGAUACAGCCCGCGAAUGGUGAUUGGAAUUCCUCGUACAACUCCCUUUGGUAAAUUCGUGAAGGAGGAAAUAGACGACGCAACCGGGAAUGCAAUGUACGUCGGCUUUUGCAUAGACAUUUUCGAGAAGGCGCGUCCUCAUGGCUUGAAUUACACAUUUUCACCUCAUGAAGGAGCGUAUGAGGACUUGGUUGACAAAGUUCAUGACAAGACCUACGACGCUGCGGUUGGUGAUAUAACUAUUCUAGCUAAUCGCUCGCAGUACGUCGAGUUCACACAACCAUAUAUAGAAUCGGAGCUUUCAAUGAUAGUUCCGGCAAAACCAGACUCCGACAGGGCAUUGAUCUUCAUGAAGCCUUUCACUCCAACCAUGUGGGCUGCUUCUGGAGGCAUCCUUAUAUACACAAUGUUGGUAGUUUGGUUCCUCGAACAUCCGACGAAUCCGGAGUUCAGAGGCUCUCGGACUAAUCAGCUCUCGACCGCUCUGUGGUUCACUUUCUCAUCUCUCUUCUUUGCUCACAGGGAGAGAAUCAACCACAACUUCACGCGGAUCGUAUUGGUGAUUUGGUUCAUCGUCGCAUUGAUCUCAACGCAGAGUUACACAGCCAGCCUCACUACAAUGCUCACUCUCCAAAAUCUUCAACCGACUGUGACCACCAUGGAAAGGCUAAGAAUUUCCAAAGCAAGAGUGGGUUGCGACGCCGUCUCUUUCGUUUGCGACUAUCUGAAUAAAAAAUUGAACUUCUCGAAGGACGUUGUCAUCGGUCUAAGGAACAGCUCAGGCUAUGGAGAUCAACUCGCAAGCGGUAACAUUGCUGCUCUCUUUCUGGAAUACCCAUAUGAGAGAGCUUUCCUCGCUAAGUAUUGCUAUGGAUAUGUUGUCACUCACGAGAACUACAGAUUCGGCGGAUUUGGCUUUGUGUUCCCGAAGGGCUCUCCGCUGGCCGCGAAGUUCUCCGAGGCAAUCUUGAAGCUUUCGGAGAGCGGCGAGAUGAAAAGGCUGGAGGACAAGUGGUUUCCUCGCGAGUGCACGAUGAGGAACAGCACAGGCAAUGCGCCGAGGCUGGGGCUCGACAGCUUCUGGGCGCUCUACGGUUUCACUAUCGCCACUUCCACUGGUUGUUUGCUGUUGGCGUGUCUCUGCGCUCGGAGGAGUCGUCAGGUUCACGAAGAAGGAAGCGAUAGCCACGGCACGAGUCAGGAUAUGAGUACUUCAUAA